AUGGCCAGGGAUACUCGCUCACCAUCACCUGUAGGCAGCACGUAUUCUUCAUCGAAACGAAGCCGGAGAGGCGAUGAUAAUUACGAUAAGAGCAGACGCCAUGAUGUGAAGGGGUAUCGGAGGUCCCGCAGCCCCGAGAGACGCCAUCGUGACAGAGGCCGGGACCGGGAUAGAGACCUCUACCGACAUAGAGAUCGCUCUGUUGAUACUCGAGACUCUCGUGACAAUACAUCCUAUCGCCCCAGAAGAAGCCGUUCACGUCCUAGGUACCGUUCUCGUUCGCGAGAAGAUAGUCGUGGCUACAGAUAUCGAAGCAGGAGCAGGGAUAGAGCCUACCGUAGCAGACGAGAUGAUUCUCGUGAUCGGGGUGGUAGACGAAGGGAUGGCUCCGCUGACUCCAGACGUGCUUCUCGACGGGAUAGUAGGGAUCGAGGCACGAGGGAGUCUAGCGGAAAGUCUCGUGAGGUUUCCAAGCAGGCAUCUACUGUAACCCCUGCCCAAACUGAUGAACAAAAGAAGGCUGAAAGACUAGCAAAGUUGGAGGCAUGGAAGCAGAAGCAGGCAGCAGAACGUGAACGAAAACAAAAUGAGCUUGCCGCAAGUGGACCAAGAGGCAUUCUUGAUGAAAUUGACAAGAAAGUUGCUUUAUCGCGCAGUGUAACCACGACUACCACUUCGACACACCCGACCGCCGGCUCACAUCCUGCUGGAACAGCAAGAGUUACGGAUAGAACACCGUCUCCAACUCCCAAGCAACUUAAGAAAACAACUGUGGCUUCUGGUAGUACUAAAGUGUCUGAAGCCUCCACUCUUUCAUCUGCAAGUGCUGUGGCUAACAAAUCUUCAGUUGGUGCCGGCUUUUCACCCGCUGCUGUACCGCUUAAAACAUCAGGCAAUGUCAGCGGAUUUGGCCUAGGGACCAAAAAUCUUAGCGAUUCAAACAAAUUAAGCGUGAAGAGGACGCUCAAUUUUGGAGAGGAGGAAUCCAAGGGCACAAAACUUUUAAAACUCCCUGACUCGUCCCUAGAGGAUAUUUCAACCAAUACCACCCAGCAGGAUGGUGAUUACGAUGACGACGAUGACACUGUUAUGCAAGAUGGCGGUACCGAAGAGGAGAAUGCCGCUGCCGCAAGGGCCGCCGCAGAACGGCGUGAACAGAAUCGCGUACAGCCUGAAGUAUCAUCAGACGAAAACAAACCUGAGGAGCCCGAACCCAAGGAACUUUCCAAUGAUAUCGCCAUGGUCGAUAACGCGGCUGAACCAGAGGCAGAGGAAGAAGUUGAUCCGCUUGAUGCUUUCAUGUCCGACUUAAAACAAAGCACAUCUACACCGAAGCAGAGCGUCAAACCCUCUAGCUCAAAGCUCCAACAACCUGAAGCAAUAUUUGGAGACGAAAAUGACAUUAACAUGGACCCAGUUGAGCCAGAAGCAGACGACUUUUUCGCGUUAGCUAACAAAUCAAAACGUAAAAAAGAUAUACCCACUGUUAACCAUUCAAAAAUAAACUACGAGCCGUUUCGAAAGAACUUCUACACCGAGCCUGUUGAUCUUGCUGGUCUGACCGAAGCAGAGGUUGCAAAUAUACGCCUAGAGCUGGAUGGGAUAAAAGUCCGAGGCGUUGACGUCCCGACGCCCGUUCAGAAAUGGUCUCAAUGUGGCCUAGGUGUACAAACCCUGGAUGUUAUACGCAAGCUCGGCUAUGAAAGACCAACUUCAAUUCAGUCUCAGGCAGUUCCAGCAAUUAUGUCCGGCCGGGAUGUAAUCGGAGUAGCCAAAACAGGCUCCGGAAAGACUAUUGCUUUUCUUCUCCCUAUGUUCCGGCAUAUCAGAGACCAGCGGCCAUUAGAGAACAUGGAAGGCCCAAUAAGUGUUAUCAUGACGCCGACUCGAGAGCUUGCCACCCAAAUUCACAGGGAAUGCAGACCUUUUUUGAAAGCCUUGAACCUUCGGGCUGUCUGUGCAUACGGAGGAGCGCCGAUAAAAGACCAAAUUGCGGAAUUAAAACGGGGCGCGGAAAUUAUAGUCUGCACUCCGGGCAGAAUGAUUGAUUUGCUUACUGCUAACUCGGGGAGAGUUACAAACCUUCGAAGAGUGACGUAUGUGGUCCUUGACGAAGCUGAUCGUAUGUUUGACAUGGGAUUUGAGCCUCAAGUGAUGAAAAUCCUUGGUAACAUUCGGCCCAAUCGUCAAACUGUUUUGUUCUCCGCCACCUUCCCUCGAAACAUGGAAGCGUUGGCCCGGAAGACCCUGUCAAAGCCUAUUGAGAUUAUAGUUGGCGGAAGAAGCGUUGUCGCCCCGGAGAUCACCCAAAUUGUUGAAGUGCGGAACGAUGACGCCAAAUUCGUUCGUCUCCUAGAAUUACUGGGAAAUCUUUACUCUGACGAUGAGAAUGAAGACGCCCGAACGCUGGUGUUUGUUGAUAGGCAAGAAGCAGCGGAUCGCUUGCUACGUGAUCUAAUGCGCAAGGGCUAUCCCUGCAUGUCGAUCCACGGUGGAAAGGAUCAAAUUGACCGCGAUUCAACUAUCGAUGACUUUAAGGCGGGCAUAUUCCCAAUUCUGAUUGCCACGUCAGUAGCGGCACGAGGACUUGAUGUAAAGCAGCUCAAGCUUGUCGUGAAUUAUGAUGCUCCAAACCAUCUUGAGGACUAUGUUCACCGGGCGGGUCGCACUGGACGAGCUGGAAAUACUGGUACCGCAGUUACAUUCCUAACUGAAGACCAGGAGCGGUAUUCAGUCGAUAUUUCAAAAGCCCUCAAGCAAAGUGGUCAACCAGUUCCUGAGCCGAUCCAGAAAAUGGUUAAUGCAUUCCUGGAUAAAGUAAAGGAAGGCAAAGAGAAAGCAAGUGGAUCCGGAUUUGGAGGUAAAGGACUGGAGCGACUCGACCAAGAACGUGACGCUACUCGUAACCGAGAGCGAAAGACGUAUAAAACUGGAGAAGAGGGCGAAGAUGAAGAUAAAGAGGAAGACAAGAAAGAGAAGGAGGCUGACCUGUUCAGCAGAGCUGCCUCGGCCGUACAGUCAUCCACCGCAACUCCAGCUUUGGGUACACCUGGAGGUGUGGACCUCGACGGGAAAAUCACUGUCCACAGGACACAAAAAGAUACAAGCUCGUCUGCCGGCAAAAACACACUUGAUAAAGUAGGCUCUGCUGUUGCAGACAUCCAUGCUCGUCUCAACAAGGCCGGUGUCAUGAGAUCCGGUGUGCCGAUUGAUAAUAAAGGCCCUGAUGCUGGAGCUUUCCAUGCCACCCUCGAAAUUAAUGACUUCCCACAAAAAGCCCGAUGGGCUGUUACCAACCGGACCAACGUUGCCAAAAUACUGGAAGCAACUGGGACUUCAAUCACGACCAAGGGCAGCUUCUACCCAGCAGGAAAGGAACCCCAACCGGGCGAGAAUCCGAAACUUUACAUUCUUGUCGAGGGUGAUACAGAGCUGGUAGUUACCAACGCAAUGCGUGAGCUAAUGCGGCUAUUAAAGGAGGGCACUAUUGCCGCAGCUGAUAGCGAUGCCAGGGCGCCGUCUGGCCGCUACAAUGUGGUGUAAACUAGCGAUUGCUUUCGUGUCUCAACAGCAGAGCACCAUAUUCCGUAUCAUCUAAAACAGCAUAGUUGAUUGUGCUAUCUAACUAUAGGCUAACCAUAGUGAAUAAUAUCAUUAUAUAAUACACAUCGCGGAUGAACAAACGGCUAUUGGAAGUAGAUACUAGGUAUCGUUGCUUACUGCCCAUAGAUUUUCAAGUUCAGUAAGGGAAUCGUUAAGAACAUUAAUAUAUAGACACGGAGAUUGAAUCAUACGAUCAUUGAAUCAUAAGCGAAACAGCC